GCUUCUCUUUUUCCCUGGUAUAAAAAAGACAGCGAGAAAUAAUGGCGGUUGUAUGUUGAUUGAUUGGAGGAGGGAGAGAAAACAAGGAGAGAGAGAGAGAGAGAGAGAGAGAGAGAUGGAGAGGAAGUGGUAAAGCAAUAGUGAUAGCAGAGCCACCAAACAGAGUAGUAGUAGAGGACUAGUAGUACUACCACUACCACCUUCACCACAAGAUUCAGGCACUUCCCCACUUCCAUUAGUAGAAACACAGCCAAAACUAAUCCAGUCAAUAUUUAUUACACCUCCAUACAUUAAAAACAUUUACUCUUUUGGAGGGUAAGCGUGUGCAUGUUUGGAACAGUGAUCAGUUCAUAAUCAAGUAGCUUCAGUCUGCUCUGAAAAUGCUUGUGCUGGCUGUUUUUGUGUAGCUCUCUACUGGGUUGGUUCUGUAUUGGGAUCUGUGUAGCCAGGUUUCAGGCAUUCAGGCUGAGAUCUGGUCUCCCUGUGGCAUAUUUAGCUGUUUUUCUGUUGUGGGUUUUCUUGGCUUUGUGCCAAAAAUAUUUGCCCUGUGAGAUUGGGUUAAUUGGGUAGUGGAAUCAGCCGACUCUCGAGCUGUGGGGGCAAGCUUCUGCGUAAUGAAGCUGAAAUGUUGAGGUGUAGUUGCUGAAGAUUGUAGCAUGAAGUUGUCGAUUGGAAGCUGGAAUCUUUGGGGGUUGGGGGUGAGGACAGUAAGGAACGGAUGAGGCUGAAAUCGAUUGUUCUUUGUAGUGGAACCGGUUUCGGUUGAAGAUUCAGGAGUGGGGUUUUUUUUUCUGGGUUUAGCUUGGGUAUCUUUGCAUGAAGGUUCACAAUCCAUAAUUUUGGUUUCAGCUGUGUACUCUUUCCUGGGCUUUGGCUUAAAGGGGAGCAAAGGUAAAAGACAUGGUAUUUUGCAGUGAACGAGCAGGAGGUGAAGAAACGGAUUAUUCAGUGAUUUCUGGGUUUCUUUGGUAGUAAUUUGUUGCUUAGAAGUUUUGCUUAAGAGUGGGUUUAUAUAAUUAGUUACGGGCUUUAGGAAUAUCUUCAAAAAUGAGGCUCUCUUCAGCUGGUUUUAGUCCUCAGCACCAGGAAGGGGAAAAGAGAGUUCUAAAUUCCGAGCUUUGGCAUGCUUGUGCGGGUCCUCUUGUUUCGCUACCGGCUGUUGGAAGUCGCGUUGUUUAUUUCCCCCAGGGCCAUAGUGAGCAGGUUGCUGCAUCAACCAACAAGGAAGUUGAUGCCCAUAUUCCCAACUACCCAAGUUUACCUCCGCAACUUAUCUGUCAACUUCACAAUGUGACCAUGCAUGCAGAUGUUGAGACAGAUGAAGUAUAUGCUCAGAUGACCUUGCAACCACUUAAUCCGCAAGAGCAGAAGGAUGCCUACCACCCAGCAGAGUUGGGCACCCCCAGCAAACAGCCAACAAAUUAUUUUUGUAAAACCUUGACAGCCAGUGACACAAGCACUCAUGGAGGUUUCUCUGUUCCUCGCCGAGCAGCUGAAAAAGUGUUUCCUCCACUGGACUUCUCCCAGCAGCCUCCAGCUCAAGAGUUAAUUGCAAGGGAUCUACAUGAUAAUGAAUGGAAAUUUAGACAUAUAUUUCGUGGCCAGCCCAAAAGGCACCUCCUUACAACAGGAUGGAGUGUAUUUGUUAGUGCUAAAAGACUUGUUGCUGGUGAUUCUGUGCUUUUUAUCUGGAAUGAAAAGAAUCAAUUACUUCUUGGUAUCCGGCGUGCUAAUCGGCCACAAACUGUGAUGCCUUCAUCAGUUUUAUCCAGUGACAGCAUGCACUUGGGUCUUCUUGCGGCUGCAGCUCAUGCGGCUGCAACAAACAGCCGUUUCACCAUAUUCUAUAACCCAAGGGCUAGCCCGUCGGAAUUUGUGAUACCGCUGGCCAAGUACGUCAAAGCAGUCUAUCAUACUCGUGUUUCUGUUGGCAUGCGCUUUAGGAUGCUCUUUGAAACAGAAGAAUCAAGUGUCCGCCGCUACAUGGGUACAAUAACUGGCAUAAGUGACUUAGAUCCUGUUCGGUGGUCAACUUCACAUUGGCGCUCUGUCAAGGUUGGCUGGGAUGAAUCCACAGCUGGGGAGAGGCAGCCAAGAGUAUCACUAUGGGAGAUUGAACCACUGACAACAUUCCCAAUGUAUCCAUCUCCAUUUCCUCUCAGGCUUAAGCGACCUUGGCCACCGGGACUGCCAUCUUUCCAUGGCAUCAAGGAUGAAGAUCUGGGAAUUAAUUCUCCUCUUAUGUGGCUCCGAGGAGAUAAUGGAGAUCGUGGAAUCCAAUCCAUGAACUUUCAGGGAAUUGGGGUCACACCAUGGAUGCAACCAAGGCUUGAUGCUUCCAUGCUUGGUUUGCAUACUGACAUGUACCAAGCUAUGGCUGCUGCGGCACUUCAGGAGAUGAGAGCUGUAGAUCCCACCAAACCACUACCUACAUCCCUUCUGCAAUUCCAGCAACCGCAGAAUCUCCAGAGUAGGUCUGCUGCUUUGGUUCAGCCCCAGAUGAUGCAGCAGUCUCAAUCUCAACAGGCCUUUCUACAUGGUGUUCAAGAAAACCAGCAUCAAUCUCACUCUCACUCUCAGGCUCAAGCUCAGUCGCAGCUUCUUCAGCAACAAUUGCAGCAUCAGCACUCGUUCAAUAACCACCACCAGCAGCAACUUCAGCAGCAGCAGCAGCAGCAGCAACAACAACAGCAACAACCACUGGUUGACCAUAGACAGAUAUCAUGUCCUGUCUCUACGAUGUCUCAGUUUGUUUCAUCCUCUCAAUCCCAGUCACCAUCCUUGCAAUCAAUCCCUUCACUAUGCCAACAACAGAGUUUUUCUGAUUCAAACGGGAACCCUGUGACCAGCCCUAUUGUUUCUCCUCUACAUAGUCUUUUAGGUUCAUUUCCCCAGGAUGAAUCAUCCCACCUGCUUAACCUUCCAAGAAGUAUCCCCUUGAUGCAUUCUGCUGCCUGGCCAUCAAAGCGAGCUGCAGUUGAACCUCUUCUUUCUUCUGGAGCUUCUCAGUGUGUUCUGCCCCAGGUGGAAAAGUUGGGACCACCCCACACUAAUAUCUCUCCAAAUUCUAUUUCCUUGCCACCCUUUCCUGGUAGAGAGUACUCACUAGACCAAGAAGGGAGCACUGACCCUCAGAGCCAUCUCCUAUUUGGUGUUAAUAUAGAGCCCUCAUCUCUCCUAAUGCAGAAUGGGAUGUCAGGUCUUAGGGGAGUUGGCAAUGAGAGCGACUCCACAGCCAUACACUUCCCUUCUAAUUAUAUGAGUACUGCAGGCACUGACGUUUCACUUAAUCCAGCAAUGACACCUUCCAGUUGCAUUGAUGAAUCUGGUUUUCUGCAGUCUCCAGAAAAUGUGGGCCAAGUAAAUCCACCAACCAGAACCUUUGUUAAGGUUUACAAGUCAGGGUCCUUUGGGAGAUCACUGGAUAUCACCAAAUUUAGUAGCUACCAUGAGUUGCGUGGUGAGCUAGCUCGCAUGUUUGGCCUUGAAGGCGAAUUGGAGGACCCCCUGAGAUCAGGCUGGCAGCUUGUAUUUGUUGACCGGGAGAAUGAUGUUCUUCUCCUCGGUGACGACCCCUGGCCGGAGUUUGUAAACAGCGUGUGGUGCAUCAAAAUACUGUCACCGCAUGAGGUGCAGCAAAUGGGCAAGCGAGGUCUAGAGCUUCUGAACUCUGUACCAAUCCAGAGGCUCUCCAGUAGCAGCUGUGAUGACUACACAAGCCGGCAGGACUCGAGAAAUAUGAACAGUGGGAUAACCUCUGUGGGGUCUCUCGAGUACUGAAACUAUUUAACAACUUAAGAACACCAUUCUCUGCUUCUGUGGUAUUUGCAUCUUUUCCAACCUUAUUAUUGAGGUCCGGAAGGGUGCUUAAAUUCUAGCUUCAUAUAAGCUAAUACUGUAAUUAUGUCGUUUACUUUCACUUUUCUAAGGUUUUUGGAAUACAUACACUACUAUACAUAAUAUAUAUUAGGAGAUGAUGUUUGUCAA